AUGGAUGUGACUAACAUACCUACAAGCCAGAAGAAUGUGGAUAAACCAGAUGAUAGUAAAGUGAACAAAACAGCUCUAGCUGUAGUUAAGGAUGCCAUCAAUGCUGCUAUUAAUUUUGUGACAGAUAUUGAAUAUCCCAUCAGAAACAUCAGGUGGAUCACACACGGGGAAUUCACAGCAGAAAAGGGCCGCAGACAAAUUGACGCAUUUGUUUUGACUUGGGAGUAUCAAAGCCGCUGGGUGCACUACACUGAGUUUGUAGAGAGGAGAGACAUAAUUCACUCCUUCCUCUACAUCUACCGUGUACAUUGGAGUAUCCCAACUGCUCGAAGACCCAUGGCGCGAGUCACUGCUGCUGCCAACUUUCGUGUCAAGAUCACCAAAGGCAAACCUCCGGUAAGCGUAUGCUCUUCCUUUUCUGCCCUGUGCCCUUCAGUGAGGCUACAAUGA